UCAUCAACAUGAAGACAACAAGAGCAAUUCUGAGCUUUGUUCUCCUGGGCAUCUGCCUGGUGAAUUUACCUCCAAGCGAGGCUGUGACCUGCACGGCGGAUGCAACAGUUGCGGGUUGUACUGACUGCACGGACACGGCUAAUGCAGCGGAUGCUGAAUGUGUGGCAGAGGCUGCUGCAGCAGCCACCGAAGCUGCAACUGAGGCCACCACCACGGCCACAUCCGAUGCAGACACAACCACUCCUGCGGCAAGUGGAACAGAUACAACUGAGGCUGGUGCCACAACUACAACCACUGCAGCAACGCCCGGCUCAGGGGGCAAAAAGAAGACUGUACGCAAAUGGAAGAGGAAAGUCAAGAGGUCAAGAAAUAAGAAUAACAACAACAACCGGAAAAAGAGGAGGACAAUCAUAAGAAGGAGGAGGACUCCGGCAUCAGAAUAAGCCAAAUUUAGGACUCAAUGGACAAUUCACAAGUGAUAUAACGACAUGACAACAGAUUUAUUCAAUUUAAAUAUUAACAUUAAGACAGCAAAAAAUAAA